AUGGCUACCAGGACUUACCCCGAGGGCAUCGUUGCAGGCGGCCGCUUUUCCUUCGAUAUUAGCGGCGUGUGGACUGAAACGUACUGGUAUGCCACAGCGAGGCUUUACAACUUCAUGCUCAAUUGCACUGAUAAUGGCAACACUCUGACUUGGGCCCAGACUAAUACUACCUUUACGGCCCUCUCCGAACCAGAUUACGGCCCGCUCCCUUACGGCAACGAGAUGGCUGCCACCUCCAUUUUCACAAGCCGCAUCCUGCCACGAUCCCUCUUCACCAACCCCUCAAGCCCCGAGUCCCAACGCGUUAUGGACGUGCUCAAAUGCAUCACCAACGCACGGGACGGCCGCUUCACCUUCGGCUACCACGCCAUCAGCGUCGGCAAUUGGAGUGGCAGCGACAACGCCGUGCUCUCGAUCUGGCGCGAUGCCAUGGCCCUCUGCGUCAUUAUCAGUCUCUGGGACCGCAGCGUCCCCUUCGAUGACAUGCUGGGGCUUAAGGAGUUCACUGUUGACGAUUUGGUGCCUGCGCUUGAGGAAGCCACCCCCAGCGGUGGUAUCUACAUGAACGAGAUUGACCCCUUGUAUCGCGGGAACUGGAAGAUGACGGGAUUUGGAGACGACAAGUAUGACCCUCUUCUUGAGAUUAGGAACAAGUACGAUCCCGACCACAUUCUUUGGAGCCCCAUGUCUGUUGGUGGUGACGAGCACACCACAGAUGCUGCGGGCAGAGUUUGCAAGGCUUAG